AUGAACGAAUUCUGCAAACGCCGACCUCCAACCUUUCACGGAGACACCAACCCCGUCGUAGCUGAGACGUGGCUGAAUGAGGUCAAGAUGAUCCUCAGAACCCUCGGAAUUACCCAGAAUGGAGAUCGUGUGGCCUUAGCUACCUACCAAUUAAAGGGAGAAGCCCGAUAUUGGUGGGAUCUUAUGGAGGCAACCCACGCCGUAGCCACCAUGACCUUUACUGAGUUCGACACCCUAUUUCUCAACAAGUAUUUUCCUACGCCUCUUCGCCUAGCCAAGGAACAAGAGUUCCUGAACUUAAAGCAAGGGACCAUGACCGUUACACAGUACGCGGCCAAAUUUGAGGAAUUAUCCCGUUACGCCCCAACCGCGAUAGCAACUGAAGACAAGAAGGCCAGAAGGUUCGAGUGGGGGUUGACUACUGCUCGCAGGGCCGUGGUAGCUCAGGCUUUUACCACCUAUGCUGGUGUGGUAAAGUGUGCGCUCCAGCUAGAGAGCGAGGAGGCAGACUUUAAAACCCGCUGGAGGAAGGCGACCGGCAGCACCGGUGGACCAAUCCGCACCCAAACCCUCAGUGACAAUCGUGGACCCUACUCCACCGAAUCCUCUAACCCGUCUCUAAGCACCCAACCCUGGAGGACUGCUAUCCCCGAAAGUGGCAAACCAAAGAGAGGCGGUCAAGACAUAGCGAUAGUUCAGUGUUUCAACUGCCAGGCUAUGGGUCACUAUAAGUGCGACUGCCCCCAACUUCAAAUGGAGAGGAAUGGAAGCUUUGGAAAUCAGAAGGCUCAACAACCUGGACAGGCCGGUUUUGAGAAGCGAAACCCUGGAAGCCCAUCGCAGCAGCAGAAUGGGCAGAACAUAGGAAAGCAACCCAUGGGAAACCAGCAAAGCACUGGAGGGCGUAUCUUUGCACUACAAACUGAGGCACAGGAGUAG